CCCCUUAUUUACAAUGGCAUAGUAUCGGUAGGAGAGAGAUAGAUAGAGGCAUUGCAAAAAAAAAAAAAAAAGUAGAAAGCUGAGGGUAAGAGAGAGAAGGAGACGAGAGCUGCAGUAGUGUUGCAGGUUUGCUGGCAGAAAUGCUGGCUGAUAAUUUAACUUAUGCGUGAAAUGAAAUAAUUUUCGCAGCCUCUUUCUCUAUCUGCUCACACUCCUCUACACUUGUGUUCGAGGCGAGUGGGCCAGACCGAUGUGAGAACAAGAAGGAAAGCUCAGCUUGUUAUACUGCGACUUCCGUCAAACCAGAAAUAAAAGCCCAACUCCCAAGUACCUAAUCACAAAAAAAGAAAAAAGAAAUGUGGAAUACACAGGGGAAUCCUCCAAGCCCAGCUCAAUCUGCCUUUUAUCUCCUUCCAGUUCUAGUAUUUGAGCGGUGCCAAGUUCUGCUGAAUUAUAAUCUUAUAUAGUCCAGAGUCUGUUCUUCUUGACUGUACGGCGAGAGACGGUUCGUCAAGACCAGUGCUUUUUGGUUCCUUUUUAAUAGCUUCAUUGGGUUCUGUGGUGUUUAAGGAGGGCUUUAAUGUGUCUGCUUGGCUGAAGACAAGCCUCCGGAGAGAGCAGUUAUGGCAUUUCGUUUGGUACUUGUUCUUCUGGCUCUUUUCAUUUGUUUGAACUUCAACUCGGUGGAUUCAGACGAUGGAGCAACAUUAUUGGAGAUAAAGAAGUCGUUCAGGGAUGUGGAUAAUGUUCUAUGUGACUGGACAGACUCUUCUUCUUCCGAUUAUUGUGUCUGGAGGGGGAUCACAUGCGAUAAUGUCACCUUUAAUGUGGUUGCACUAAACCUCUCAAGUUUCAAUCUGGACGGUGAAAUCUCACCUGCAAUAGGGGGCCUUAAGGACUUGGUCUCUAUCGACCUGAGGGGGAACCGACUAUCUGGCCAGAUACCCGAUGAGAUUGGUGACUGUUCCUCUUUGAAGAGCUUGGACUUGUCAUUUAAUGAUAUACGGGGAGACAUACCAUUUUCAAUUUCAAAGUUGAAACAACUGGAAAAUCUAAUUUUGAAAAACAACCAGUUAAUAGGACCAAUUCCUUCUACAUUGUCUCAGAUUCCCAACUUGAAGAUUCUGGACCUGGCUCAAAAUAAUCUUAGCGGUGAAAUACCAAGGCUUAUAUACUGGAACGAAGUCUUGCAAUAUCUUGGCUUGCGAGGGAACAAUUUAGGGGGUUCACUCUCUCCUGACAUGUGCCAAUUAACUGGACUAUGGUAUUUUGAUGUGAGGAACAAUAGCUUGACUGGCGGCAUUCCUGAAAGUAUAGGCAACUGUACUGCCUUCCAGGUCUUGGAUUUAUCCUACAACCAGCUGACUGGAAAGAUACCGUUCAAUAUUGGGUUUCUUCAAGUAGCAACAUUGUCACUGCAAGGCAAUAAACUCUCUGGACCUAUUCCAUCGGUGAUUGGACUGAUGCAAGCACUUGCUGUCUUAGAUUUGAGUUGUAACAAGCUAAGUGGACCAAUCCCUCCUAUCUUGGGAAAUUUGACAUACACUGAAAAAUUGUAUUUGCAUGGGAAUAAACUGUCUGGCCCCAUUCCCCCAGAGCUCGGAAACAUGACAAAGCUUCACUAUUUGGAAUUGAAUGAUAACCAUUUGAGUGGACAUAUCCCACCUGAGCUUGGAAAGCUUACUGAUCUUUUUGAUUUAAAUGUCGCUAACAACAACCUUGAGGGGCCAAUUCCUGAUAAUAUUAGCUCAUGCGAAAACCUCAACAGCCUCAAUGUGCAUGGAAACAAGUUAAAUGGAACAAUCCCACAAACUUUUCAGAGCUUGGAGAGUAUGACGUAUCUGAAUCUCUCCUCCAAUAAGCUCCGAGGCCCCAUUCCAAUUGAGCUGUCAAGGAUUGGUAAUUUGGAUACAUUGGAUAUUUCAAAUAAUAAUAUAAGUGGCUCCAUUCCUUCUUCCCUUGGUGAUUUGGAACAUCUUCUGAAGCUGAAUCUGAGCAGAAAUCACCUAACUGGGUUUAUUCCGGCAGAGUUUGGUAAUUUAAGAAGUGUUAUGGAUAUAGAUCUUUCAAAUAACCAGCUUGGCUUGAUUCCUGAAGAACUUAGUCAGCUGCAGAACAUGAUAUCCCUGAGGCUGGAAAACAACAAUCUAUCCGGGGAUGUGACUUCUCUUAUAAAUUGCCUUAGCCUUUCUUUACUCAAUGUGUCCUAUAACAACCUAGUUGGUGUAAUUCCCACAAGCAAAUUCUCCAGGUUUUCUCCAGACAGUUUCAUUGGAAACUCUGGUCUCUGUGGCUAUUGGAUGACUUCAUCUUGUCAUAGAUCUCAUCCCACGGAGAGAGUUACGUUAUCUAAGGCAGCCAUCCUAGGAAUUGCUCUUGGUGCCCUUGUGAUUCUUCUUAUGAUAUUACUAGCAGCAUGUCGGCCAUACAAUCCAUCCCCAUUUCCAGAUGGAUCACUUGACAAGCCAGUUAAUUAUUCGCCACCAAAGCUAGUGAUUCUUCAUAUGAAUAUGGCCCUUCACGUUUAUGAGGAUAUUAUGAGGAUGACUGAAAAUCUGAGUGAGAAGUACAUCAUUGGAUACGGUGCAUCAAGCACAGUAUAUAAAUGCGUCCUUAAGAACUGCAAGCCAGUGGCUAUCAAGAGGCUCUAUACUCACUAUCCCCAAAGCUUGAAAGAAUUUGAGACAGAACUUGGGACGGUUGGUAGCAUCAAGCACCGAAACCUGGUUAGUCUCCAAGGCUACUCCUUGUCCCCUUAUGGGAACCUUCUCUUCUAUGACUACAUGGAAAAUGGCAGUCUAUGGGACCUUCUCCAUGGAGCUUCUAAAAAGAAAAAGCUUGACUGGGACCUUCGUUUGAAAAUAGCACUAGGAGCAGCGCAAGGACUUGCUUAUCUACACCAUGAUUGUUGCCCCCGGAUCAUUCACAGGGAUGUGAAAUCAUCUAAUAUUCUGUUGGACAAGGACUUCGAGGCCCAUCUCACUGACUUUGGCAUUGCUAAAAGUCUAUGCCCCUCCAAGUCCUACACUUCGACUUACAUAAUGGGCACAAUCGGUUAUAUAGACCCUGAAUAUGCUCGAACUUCACGUCUCACUGAGAAGUCUGAUGUUUAUAGUUUUGGCAUUGUUUUGCUUGAGUUGCUUACUGGCAGGAAAGCUGUGGACAAUGAAUCCAAUCUCCAUCACCUGAUUUUGUCAAAGACGGCAAACAAUGCUGUGAUGGAGACGGUUGCUCCUGAUAUUACUGCCUCAUGUAAGGACCUGGGAGCAGUAAAGAAGGUAUUUCAGCUAGCCCUUUUGUGCACAAAGAGACAGCCGGUUGAUAGGCCGACAAUGCACGAGGUGACGCGCGUGCUGGGAAGCCUUGUACCACCCACCUCCCCACCGAAACAAGCAGCCCCACCUCCUGCAGCCUCUGCUCUGCUUCCAUCUGCGAAGGUGCCAUCUUGCUAUAUGGAUGAGUAUGCAAAUCUGAAGGCUCCACACUUGGUGAACUGCCCGUCCAUGAGCACCUCUGAUGCCCAGCUCUUCCUCAAAUUUGGGGAGGUAAUUUCUCAGAACAGUGAAUGAGGUUAGAUGAGGAUCCCAAAAAGGCCAUAUAAACCAUGAGAGUACUAUAGCAGAAGAAAAAGGAAACAGAAACAAAUGGUGGGGACAAGUAAAUGAAAAUGUAAAUAUAGGAAUUCCAGUGUCAGUUAUUAACUAGGUAUGAACAGAGGAAGCAUGUAUGAAGACCUCAGUAGGAUGUGAAAGACGCGUUAACCCCAAUAUAUUUCGUUGUAUUUUGAUAA